AUGGGCACGCGCGGGCCCUACCCGCUGGUGGACACCACGCCGGCCAAGACCAUCCUGGUGUACCGCAACGGGGACCAGUUCUACGUGGGCCGCAAGUUCGUGUUCUCGCGGCGCCACGUGGCCAACUUCGAGGCGCUGCUGGAGCAGCUGACCGCGCAGGUGGACGUGCCGUUCGGCGUGCGGCGCCUCUACACGCCCACGCGCGGUCGCCCGGUGCACGAGCUGGAAGCGCUGCAGACGGGCGGCAAGUACGUGGCGGCGGGCCGCGAGCGCUUCAAGAAGCUCGACUAUAUUCAUAUAGCUCCCAGAAAGCCCGCAAAGAUGAGAAAGUUGAAGGAAAUAAAGCCUGUGGUGCACUGUGACAUCAACGUGCCUUCCAGGUGGCAGUCAUAUCUUCGCGUUUCCCGACACAUAAAUGUUUUCACAAAUGGAAGAUUAUUUAUUCCACCCGUAAAAAUCAUUAUACCUAAAUUCAGCCUGACAGACUGGAAUAGCGUGCUGGCCACGAUUGGAGAGAAAGUCUUCCCUUUAGGAGGCGUUCGGAAAUUAUUCACAAUGGAUGGACAUCUUCUGGACAAUUCGAAGGACUUGCAGGACAAUCAUUUCUAUGUUGCAGCAGGACUGGAGACUUUCAAAAGCCUUCCCUACUGGAGGUCCACACACGUUCCUGGCGAGGUCCAACAGAAGUACGCAGACGCUGAAAAACACCCGCAAAAAAAGAAGAAAGAGAGUUCCAAAGGAAAAGAGCCUCAUAAAGGUGACCACACACCACCUAAAACGCAGGACUCCGUCUACUACGCCAAAGAAGGGAAGAAGAAAACGCCGUCAGAACCUCUGGUCCAAACUGGCGCAGAGGGUGACGUGUAUAAAGCCCAGAAUCCUACCAAGGACACCCAGGGGGCCCCGGACGUCAAGGAGGACCAGGACGUGAAGGUGGAGGUACCGGUAGACCAGGCCCCCGCCGAGGUGGUCAGAGAGGACGAGGAGACCGGCGACCCUACCGACUUCGACGGCAACCAGCAUCUCUCAAGAACUUCAACAAGAAUAAAAAAGUGGCUCCGUUUCCUGAUGUCCUGGGAGUGGUAACCAAUAAAUCAACAAAAUCACCUUUAUAUCGACUUGAAGCCAAUCUUCCUUCAAUCAUGGGGCUCCCAUCUCACAUUCAUUUUAACAGCAAGAAAAUUCCAUCCAUAAGGAAACUGAAGCCCCCACAGCCGAGUCUGCUCACAGCUGGGUAGGACUGGGGCCUCCCUUGAGUUCAUUUUCUAUUUCCCUUUCUUGGUGAUAUUCUUUGUAGUAAA